AUGAAGAACACCAGUAGUGGAGGCGCCGACGGAUCUUCUUCCAACCCCAACAACCCACAACAGCCUGAUCAAAGCAGCGGCGGUAGUACUUCUUUUCCCAAUGCAGCUUCAGCUCCUUUGCAAAGGCCACCCAUGGCUCCACCCCUAAUGGGCCGUACAGGACACUCUGCCUUCCGUGCCCAUAGGCCACAAGGCCCACAACAGCCUGAUCAAAGCAGCCCUCAACGUGGCAGCGGCAGUAAUAUUAUUUCUUCUCCGUUACAAAGGCCACCCGUGGUUCCACCUCCACCUCCACUUGUAAUGGGCAAUCCGGGACACUCUGCCUUCAGGGCAUAUAGGCCACAAGGCCCACAACCACAACGGAAAUUCCCUGGGGGUGGAGGAUCAUCUGGCGGUGCUGCAAGUGCAAGUGGAAAUGUAAGUGGCAGUGGGUUAUUUGGGGCGCAGGCAAUUGCGGUGGGUGGAAGUGGUGGCGGCGGCUAUGAAGCUGGUGGAGUGGGGAUUGGAAACCCCAUAAUCAGGAAAAGAGUAAGGGAAGGUGAACCUGGUGCUGGUCCUGCAGGAAAUCAAGGCGGGCAGGCAGAUGUCGGAAAUCCCUUUCAGUGCCGUGUUUGUGGUAAACAAUUCCAAUCGGCUAAGGCAUUAUUCGGUCAUAUGCGACAGCAUCCCGAUAGAGGGUGGAAAGGUGCAUUCCCACCGCCAACUUUUAGGGCUGAAGAGGAGUUCGCCGAUGUCGCCGGCCAUCUGAAUCCUGGCCGUGCAGCUGCUGGUGUACAUGUUGAACCAAUUCAGGAUGUAUUGCAAGAGGCACAGGCCGGCGCAGAGGCGAUGGAAGGCAGAGAAGAGGCGGGUCAGAGUUCAGCUGGACCGCAACAUUACAAACUACCUGAUUUGAAUUAUGAACCACCACAAGACGACGAUGAUGGUGCUGCUGCAUAG